AUGUUGAAGGCAACAGUGGAAGAGGAAGGGGAUCAGCGCUGGGACGAGAUGCAGGCCGAUUGCCUCAUCAAUAUCUUCCGUCGCCUCGCCCUCGGAGAUCUCACCGUCGUCGUCCCCUUCGUCUGUAAGUCCUGGUACCGCGCCUCCCUCGACCCUAGCUGCUGGCGCCGCCCCAACUUCCGCUCCCUCGAUUUCACGCCCUGGAGCCCUUUCUCCCGUGCCUUUGCGCUCCGCUACCGCCUCCACUCCCCCCUCUCCUUCUCCGCCUUCCUCCGUUUCGCCCUCCACCGCUCCCGCGGCGUCGUCGACCAACUCGCCUUCCCCCUUUCCUCUGCCGUCUCCAUCCACGACCUCGCCUAUGCCUCUGUUAAAUGCCCGAGAUUGAAGGUGCUGGCUUUGCCGGACAACCUGAUGCUGGAGGACGACCUUCGAAUCCCGGAGCUGGUGCGACGGUGGAAGGAUCUGGAGCAUCUGGAGAUGGAGACCAAUCCCUCCUCAUUCCUGGAGGCGGUCGCCGAGAUCGACCGUAACUUCUCGCGGUUCGUCGGGUUGAAGGUGCGCGGGCUAAUCGGGCGCGAGGACGCCAAGGCCCUGGCGCGGUGCCUGCCGGAGCUGAAGCACCUGGAGUUGAGCAAGUCCAUUGAUCGUAAAGGAUUGCCUCGGAUUCCAGGCGGACGACGAGAUUCUGAAGCUGGUGUCGCUCAUCGAGCGGUUCGAGGCUUCGAGCACGAGGGGUCAACGCUUCUCGAUGAUUACAGGUAUGAGACUGAUGAGUCGGAGCAACAAACCGGAUUCUUCCACCGGUGA